AUGGUUAUUGAUCUUGGAGGUAAUACUGUUGAUUUCACUAUAUUAGUGCGUCAGUCGGAUGGUGGCCUUUUAGAAAUCAAAUCGGCAACUGGUAUAGCAUGUAGUGAAAACAUGGUGAUAGAGGAAUUUCAUGAACUCCUUCGUAAUAUAACAGGUGACGCAGUCUGUCAGAAAUGGAUUGACGAGUAUGCUGAUGAUCAAAUUGAUUUGCAAAGAGAAAUUGAAGGAAAACUCAGAUCAAUCAAAUAUGACAGCAAUAGUUUUCAAACAAUCAAAGUUCCAGUUUCAAUAGAUGAAGUAUUCCGAGAAAUAAAUCAUGAAAGUAUAGGACAAGCUAUAGAGAUAUCACAAUAUAAAGGUAGAAUUACAUGGGUAUCGGAUAGAAUAAGACUAGACGCAGAGAUAGUCAAAAAUCUGUUCAAAUCUUGCACUGAUAGUAUAGUAGAUCAUGUUCAACAUUUACUGAAAGCACCUGAGGUUCAAGGAACGGGCAUAUUUCUGAUGGUCGGCGGGUUUUCCAAGUCUUCAAUAGUUCAAGAGGCCAUAAUAAAAGCCUUCCCGACUGUUAACGUCAUCAUUCCGGAAGACCCAGACCUGGCCUUUUUGAAAGUUGCAGUGAUUUAUGGUCAUCAACAUUAG